AUGGAUGGAUGGGUGGGUGGGCUGGGUUGUGGGAACCGGGAAUGCUCCAAAGUCAAGAAAACCCGCUGCAUAAUUCCAACACCAGUCACUGCCAUGGUAUGGUACCUUGUUAGGACUACUAUGAUUCAUAACCUAAUUCGCACCCGGUUCGGAUCGACUGAUUGCCCGAUUAGUUCUUUUCAAGGAUUCUCAGAUGCCCCGCGUUUGAGAUCCCUGCUGGUUGUUAUGGUAGCUCUGCAUAUGACCGCAGCCGCAUCCUCAACCCCUUGGAAUUCUUCCCAAUCGCGCGCCCCGAGGCUAGCGGGAAUCCCGGGCUCGUCACCCCCUUACGUUUGUGCAUCACAAGCUCAGGGCAGCUGUACGGCUGGGAGGUGGAUCGAUUAUGUUUCAGAAUGGCCUGGAGGGGGUAGUCCUAAAAAUGCCAAUCACUGCCAUGGUGUAACCGACACUGAGCUCCAUCGUGCAGAUAGCGAGUUCUGCGAUCUGCGGCACGCAGCAUCUGCCACGGAGGGGACCGUACCGCGAUGGCCUCGCAGCACCCAGGCUCCAACACACGUUGAAGAUUAUGGGUUCCAGAAGCUCCAUCUCCCACCGCCUCUUUGGCGGACAUGUGAAGUUGAGGCCGAACAGGCUCGCGCAUACCUUAUCGCUGCAGAUGAAUCAUCUGCUGGCUUGGGUCGUGCUGGCAAUGGUUCAGUUCAGCUUCAGCCAGGAUGCAAGGCUACCGAACCUGUCUAGACCACAUAGGUUUUUUGUGUAGCGAAAGCCAAAGGAUGACUGACCUUCGGAGGAAAUCCCGCAUAUUGCACUUGCUACACGCCGUGUAGUAAGUAGUAGUAGUACUAGGGGGUAAGGGAAUGUAUCUA